AUGCUCGCGGGUUCCCUGUCCACAGGGCCGCCUGCUGCGCGGCCCCUCCCCGGCUGCACGGACCGGGAGCGGCGGGCCGCUGGCCCUGCCCCCCUGGGGGUGCGCUCCAGUGGCGCGUGGAGGGGAGCGGGGCUGGGCAGGCCCCACAGGCAGCCCCCGACACACCCCUGGGGCUCACACCCAUCCCUGCCCCCAGCUGACACACACAGCCUACUUCUGGAAGGGAUCCUUCCCCCUUCAAAUAAGAAGCUAUACUUUGAGGGCUCCUCGAGUGGCCUGAAAAUGUCUGCUACGCCUAGCAACAUACAAGUGAGGAGCGAGCCGCUGACCUGUUACCAUGGCGCCCAGUGUCCCCUCCAUGAAAAGUGA